AUGAGUUCCAUGUUCAAGAAGAAGACGGGGCCUUCGAUCAAGCCGAAACUCGUGCCACGGGGCCGCGCCGCUGCCCCGUCUUCUGCUUCUGCCUCUGCUGCGGCGUCGCCUGCCCCACCAUCGUCGUCUGCAUCUGCCACGACAUCGCCUGCCCCGCAACCGCCGCGAAACCCUGUCGAAUCCGCGCAGCGCACCCACGCAAAAUCGCAGCAGGGUGGUGAAUUUCCAACGCCACCGUCCUCGAAGCCGAAUGAUGUUAGGACUCCGACAGAACAAUCGAGUGCUAGUCCCCAGGCCCCUCCGACGGACUCUCUCAAACCCACGGACCAUGUCCAACAUGUCUCCGACUCGGCCGCCGACCUGCAUGCCACUUCGCCAAAGAAUCCGAGGCUUCCCUCUGCCACGCGGAGUACAGAUAGCGACUCGGAACAAAUUACAUCUGGAUCGGCUGCGCCAGCCACACCGGCAUCACUAAAUGCCGCGGCUCAGACCGCCGAAAGACCACUAGCGGCUGCGGCUGCCUCGCCGAAACUCCCGCCGUCCACAACGAGAACCAAGGCUAUACCACUUGCUGAAGGAUCGCAAUCCAGUCCCUGGACGGACGACGCCCGACUGCCCAACUCGGAUGUAUCCGCGACAAGUACGCCUUUCGUCCAGCCUGCACCGUCACCGGCAAGCGAGUCGACAUUAUCCAUCAAUGGCUCCGAAGACCUGGCAACCCCGACAGCUACCGCUAAACCGUCAGUGAAACGCGGAAGGAAGCGCAAGGCACUUCCAAACGCGCUGGCUGAUGCGUCGUCCCAGGGCGCGACGAACCCAAACGCAGGCUUCUACGACAGAAGGGGCCGAGGGGAAGAUGCGCCAUCCAAGCCAAAACGACAAAGGAAGAAGCCUGUUCCCCGAAUCUCAGCGGAUCCAGAAACCGAGGGACUCAAUCGCGCAAGCCGGGCUCGGUCGGAAACGCCGCCUGAUGCGGAGCUUCAAGUUGUCGACAUACAGACUCUCAAGAUGUCGGACCUGACACGAGAUUUACGUAUUGGAAAGAAAUUCAGCAGGCACGAUGAGCUCCGGGACCGAGAGCGCCAAGAUCGCUCUCGUCUUUCUGGAGAUGUCGUCACCAAGGCGUCUCAGAGCCCGGCGCCUCCUCAAGUGAUCGUCAAUGGCCAAAUUGUGGUUGACCAAAGCUCGCUCGUUAUGGACAGGCACGCUCGCGACGCGGUUGACGGGCCGAUUGAGGAAGUGGAGGAGAACGAGUUCACGCACAAAGUCACGAGCAACAGCUUCCGGACAGGAAGCAAGCUUCGAGGACCAAACCACUGGUCGGAGGAUGACACUGAAAAGUUCUACCACGCCCUCAAGAGGUUUGGGACCGAUUUCGAGAUGAUUGCCCAACUUUUCCCCGGGCGGCAGCGGCGCCACAUCAAGAUGAAGUUCAACCGUGAGGAGAAGUUCUCCAGGGGACGGAUUGACGCGGCGCUCGUUGGGCCUAAGCGCCUCAAGAUGGAUUUUGAGGAUUUCAAGGCCGCUACGGGCAAAGAGUACGAGGCUACCGCGGAUAUCCACGCGCAGCUCAAGCAACUGGAAGAGGCGCAAGAGGCAGCACAGAAGCAACAAGAAGAAGAGGAUGCUGCGAUUAACAGGCAGAGGUUAGAGGCCCUCCAUGGCCCAGGAGGUGUGCCCGGUGAAAGUGAAGCGGUGGUGGCAUCUAUAUGA